CCCCGAGCCCGGAGCCCUCGCUUGUAAUCACAACAUGAUCUCGCGUGCGAAGCAGCAGAGCCGGCUGGGAGAGGCCGGCCGAGGCCCAGGUCCGGCUCUGCGCUGGGCUCUGGCUUCCCCGGGGAGCUGCUCGCAGAGCCCCGCCGCCGCCGCCGCCAUGUACCCCGCUGGGACUGGGGUGGCUGACUCUCUGCUUCGCAAGAAAGAGCAGAAGGAUGAAGAGCUGGACAGGAGAAUUGUGGCACUUAGAAGGAAGAACCAAGCAUUAUUGCGGAGGUAUCAGGAGAUUGAGGAAGACCGGAGGCAGGCAGAGAAGGAGGGUAUGGCAGUGACUGCUCCUCGGCCACCUCGGGCAGACGGACUUACCAUUACCAUUACAAAGGCUCACAGUGAGAAGCGGGUGGUGAAUGAUAGGAGAGCAAGCAGUCAUCCUAACAGCCUGGGCCCAGGAGUGAACAAUGAGGAGGAACUUGGGGAGCAGGAGGAAGAAGAGGAUGAGGAAGAAGAGGAUGAUCACACCUUUACCUUUCGGUUGGGGAAGCGGGUCCAGUUGGCAGUGACCAUGGAGAACAAAGUCAAGGGCAAGAGGAUUGUGUCAACUAAGGCUAGGAGUCAAAGAGACGAAAGCACUCUGAGAGGGGGCUCCAGCCUAGGAAGCCCCAUGCAGAUAGCAAUCACUAUGGAACCUGGACAAAAGGCUGUGGGCCCAGGGUCCCAGGAGCUUGGGAGGGAUUAUGUUCGAUGGAAGCAAGAGCGGGAACAGAUUGACCUUGCACGUCUGGCACGGCACAGGGAUGCUCAGGGAGAGUGGCGUCGUCCUUGGGAUCUGGACAAGUCUAAGCAUAUGUUUCAGGAUGCCAGCAAAGCCAGGGAUCUGAGCAUAUCAGGGGGUAGCAGCAAAAAGGGACCCAGGAAUUACCGGAAGUUCCAGUCUAGGCCAUUACCCCCUGAUGAAAGAGGUAGCAGUGCUCACAGUGGGAACCUAGGUAAACCCAAGGUACCGGCCAUGAGCAGUAAAGCCCGUGGGAAGGACAGGCUAACUGGCCGGGCCCGCAGGUGGGAUACGAAAGAGGGAGAGGAGCAAUCCUGCCCCAGAGAGGAGUCCGAGAGUCAGGGUUCUCACAACACACAGAGGUCACAGAAUGAGGAGGAUGACAAGCAGAGAGUAAAGAGGGUGGAACACAGUGACCAGUGUGGCAGUCAGGAGCCCGGCACCGGUCUGCCCAGCCUGGACGGGCCCCAGAGAGAGAGAGUAGCCAAGCCCAGUGCCAGCCACACAGGGUCCAGCUCAGAGCCGCGGUCCCCCCGGAAGGUCGUGCCUGUGCUUCCUUUCUUCUCCCCAGGAGACGCCAACAGCCCUGCGGCCAGAGGCAGCCGGCCAAGUGCGGGAGCCAGCCUCGAGGGGAGCAGCCUCCCCUCUCCUGACCCUUCAGAGCAAGCCCAGAAGCUGAGCCACAAUAUGGCAGAGCUGAGCAUCCAAGAGGGCCCUGAGCAGAAGAUGAGGCUCCAGGAACCUAGGGAGGAUGGUGCAGGCCAGGCUGGAAGUCAGGGGCAGCCCUCCCAGAAAAGCCAGCCAAGGGCAAAGAGCGACGAGAAGAGUGGCGAGCAGGAUUGAGGUGGAUCCCAGAAGGCGAGUGAUGAAAGAAAACCAGAAUUUCUUUGAGCAUCACUACCUAUGGUUGAUUCUCUUGAGUACCUAGUAGAAUCUUUUUCUCGUGAAUCUCAUUUCCUGGAUCUCAUCAUUUAGGCCCAAAUUUCAUCAUGUAUUUCCUUUUUUUUUUGCCAACUUCCUCCUCCUGAGCAUUGCCCACUGCUGUACAUCUCUGAGUUUUUCUAUUUUAUUUAUGCCUUUGCCCUGCCAGAGAAGGUUUAUCCCUUUGCCAAAAAAAUGAACCUUGGACAGUUCAGAAGAUAUAAGGUCCCUAUAAUGCAUGAUUGAAGAGGUGAUAUUUGAGGAAUGGAAGUAAACUCAUGAUCCUGGUUGGGCACUUGUGUUGCUGAAUAUGCUGUAGAAUUCUGGAGGGCCUUGGACUUUUUUCUUUCUGGGAUCACCAUCUCUACUUUCAGGAUGUGGAAAAUCAGCCUCCUGAAAUGAAAUGCAGCCUUUAAAAAAGGCCUGAGUGGGAUUGUGCUGGGUUCUUACAAUAGGGAGUGAGGAAAAGAUGAAAAAAAAAGAUUAGAAUGCUGGGAUUGGUGUAAGGAGAGAAUAAGAAAAUCAUUUCAUGGCUUGUGAGAAUAUUUCUGUUCAUAUGGAAGUAACUGCUCCUGAGGGACAUAUUUUUGGACUCUAGGUUAAGAUGGAAAAUCCAGUUCCCAGCUAGGGAAACUGGAAGACCCUUAUCUUCUAGCUGGACAUAUAUAAGUCCCUGUAGUUGGUAUAAAGCAUUGCGAUUCCUCUCUCCAAAGGAAAACUGCUUUAGAGGGGAGGCUGACCUUGAAUUCUGACGACCUCUAACUACACCUGCCCUUAAAAGCAGAUGACUAUCCAUCCGGAUUGUGGUGCUUUCUUCACUGAGAAAUUUGUGUGUUUUGUGUCUGCAUGUGUGAUAUUAUGGGAUGAGGGAUGUAGAAUAAGGAACUGUGAGCAAUGAUUCAAGUUUUCUAGUGGGUUCCUAGGCUAGAGGAAUCCAGGUUAGGAUGGCAGCAAAGAAAGGAUAUUUCACUUGAUGGGAAUCUCAAGUUUGCAGAGCAUUUCUCAAAAAGCUGUCAGGAGAAACAAUGCCACAAAUUUAGGUUUUAAUCCCACAUCAGAAGCUGAAGAGAUUGGUGAGUAGCUACGGAAGGAACAAACAGUAUCUCAACUGAAGUGAAAUUGUAAUCUAAAACAAAUAAAAUUAAGCAUUCCUGA